CGCCGGCGCCGCUCCUCCGGCGGUUCGGAGCUCGAGGACCUCGACCUGGCCAUGUUCGAGACGGACGAGGCGGCGGAGCGGGCCGCGCGGACGGCGAUGGAGACAGGAGCGCGCACCGCCACCCAUCGGAGGGAGAAGGAGAAGCUGAGCGUACUGAAGAGGCUCGUCAAGAAGUCUAAGUCGCUGCACGCGCUGGUGCGUCCGGGAGAGGCAGCUAGGCAGGCGGGCGCAGGGUCCUGCGAAGGCGAACUCAGCGAGGACAAACAGGCCGAACAUCCCACUGGGCAACAGGACGGAACGUCAGAUCGGCCGGUGCGACUGGGCCACCUGGGCAGCCAGCGGGUGCACGACGACGGUGUGCCGCUGGUCAACUGGCAGCCGUUCUUCUGCGUGCUGCUGCAGGACGAGCAGUCGCUCACGGCCUACCGCAGCGAGGAGAUGGCGAUAUUUCCCGUGACACCCACUCGGCCGAGGACGAGGAAGCUCGGCGACUCGCUGUUCCUGGACCUGCCGCGCGUCCGACUGGACGGCGGCAGCAAGGCGUUCCGCAAGCAGUGGGGCUACGACAUGGCGCCGCCGCCCACCCUGCUGGAGGAGGAGGAGGACGAGGACGAGCUGGACGAGGACGACAUCAGCGAGACUCAGUCGUUGCGAGAGGACUUCUUCAGCCGACAGUCAGCACUAGGCCCUUCGGCUGCACCACGAGCUCACGAGAGGCUCAGGCCCAGCCGGUCCUUUGGUGAUGCGCGCUCGCCGACCUUCUGUGACCCCGACCCGGCCUGUGGUGACUUCAGGAGUGUACGGCCCGCCAGCGACAACUCGACGCAGAAAGAUUCGUCGUACGAGAAGGCGGUGGGUCUGGACCGCGACUCGGCACCGGGCACGCCCGUGCUGGGCCACCGCUCUACGCCGGAGCCGGGUGCCUCGCGAUUCACGAACUUCUUCUCGAAGCGCUCCCUCAAAAACAACCCGCUGAAGCGGACCAAGUCGGUGACGAAGCUGGAACGGAGCCGCAGCCGCAUCGACGCCGACGGCUUCGCCACGAACUUCUUCUCGAAGCGCUCCCUCAAAAACAACCCGCUGAAGCGGACCAAGUCGGUGACGAAGCUGGAACGGAGCCGCAGCCGCAUCGACGCCGACGGCACGUCCGUGGCGGGAAGGGCGGACGACGAGAGCGGCAGGCGGCAGGCGCGGCGACAUGACGGCUCGCCCUCUUCGUCGGCCCUCCGACGUGUCAACACUGUCCACCCGAAGGACUCGAUGCGCCGGAUGAAGCUGAUCCUUGACGCGGAGUCGCCGAAGCGGUCGAUGAACGUGGUGGUGCGCCUCGGCACGCCCACCGACGCCCGCCCGGAGCGGCCGCCGGAGCUCGGCGACUCGCUGUUCCUGGACCUGCCGCGCGUCCGACUGGACGGCGGCAGCAAGGCGUUCCGCAAGCAGUGGGGCUACGACAUGGCGCCGCCGCCCACCCUGCUGGAGGAGGAGGAGGACGAGGACGAGCUGGACGAGGACGACAUCAGCGAGACUCAGUCGUUGCGAGAGGACUUCUUCAGCCGACAGUCAGCACUAGGGGCCUACCUCGAUCGUAACGAGGUGUCCUGCUCAGGGGCCCACCUCGAUCGUGACGAGGUGUCCUGCUCAGGGGCCUACCUCGAUCGUGACGAGGUGUCACGCUCAGGGGCCGCCUCGACGGAGGAGCCGGCCGAGCAGUCGUCUGGCGAGCUGGAGCACAACGUCAAGGGCUCGCAGAUCUCCAUCUCGCAGCUCUCGAACGUGGCCUCCAGCGGCUACCAGAGCUUCGCCUACAGCCAGAGCUCGAGUCCCGUCGACCCGCUGGUUCGCGCGCGCCGCCCCAAGGCCGGCCGGCGAACUGCGACUGACGCGCUGGCCACCAGGCGGCAGCAGCAGCACGACAGUGACAGCGAGAGCAGCGACCAGGCUCGUCCGGGCCGCGAGCCACGCUUGAAGAGCAAGGCGCGCCGCAGCCGGCUUGUCGAAAAGUCGUUCGAGGAGUACGAGGACGAGAUCCAGCAGCUGCACCAGCAGAUGGAGCAGCUGCACAGUCGCCUGAACGAGGCCUCGCGCAAGUCGGCGGUGGCUCACAUCUGCCCGCCGACCCCCGGACAAGUCUCGGAGAUCCUCAACAGGCUAUCGCUGGUGGAGGACGAGCUGCGUCAGGAGCAGAGCCAGCUGACCAGCGUGCUGACCCAGAAGGAGCGGCUGAUCGAGGCGCAGCACAUGCGUAUCCAGGAGCUGAACGCCGCCAACAAUCAGCUGCAUAGCGCGCUGGCCUCGCUGCAGGACAGGUCGGGGCCGCUCUGCCCGGCGCGGUCCGCGGCGCUCGUGACCAGCGCCGCCGCCGUCUCCGACACCUCCGACUACAAGAGCAGUUCGUGUUAGGUGACGCAGGAGGCGCCCGGUGCCGCCCCCACGCGGCCGUGUUCCCCGUUAGACCAAAGAUGUGGCGAUGCAACCCCGCGCACGGCGGCCGGCUCGCACAGUAUUAUCGCUAGCGUUGUUUUGCCGACGGCUUUUUGCGGCGGUAGCUGCCGUCAAUUAACCUUGUGGAAUCGUUAGUGUAGGCGCCAGCGCUUUUUCGUGGCAACGGAGCAUCGAUGUUUACCGUCAUUUUGUACGGCCGCUGCUGGCGCGUGGCGACACGCCCGCGUGUGUUCUGCUCCACUGCACAGAGGCGAGCACCAGCGACGGCCGGGCGCCCCGAGGAGUCCGUCGAAGUGGGCUUGCGACUGGUGCUGUUUACAACAUGGUGUAUUUAUUAAGACUGGUCUCGUGCGUAACUUUUCAGUCAUGCAUUUGUCGCUCGCGAGAACUAGGUUGCGCCGAAGUAGGACAGUUGUGUUGUGUGCGUGCAUCGUCACAGUAGGCUAGCGUGUUCCAGAGGCUGAAGUAAUAAAGCCGUGUAUUCAG